UUGGGGGAAAAAAGAAGUGCAUUCCCUAAAUAGACAGGCUGGAAUUGAGAAGUGAUGGCUUUCAACUCUGACCACGAGUGAUCGCCUCUGGAGCUUCCAAACCCCUUGAGGUGUCUUGGAGCUGCUGAUGGCCCUUUGGGUGGUGACUAGAAUGGAUCACUGGCUUGUUGGGUUGACGGAGCUGUUCUCUUCCUUAGAGACCUCUCUGGCCACCCAGCCCUGGAUGUGCCUUGGCACCAUCCACUACACUACGUGGGAGCCCAUCGCAUGGCUGGGAGGACACACACCUGCAAGGCUGCAGCCUGGAGCAAGAAGAGGAUGCCCCAGCCAUGCUCAGUGUGUCCUGGCAGAGAGAAUCGAAGGCAUCCCAUGGAAAAAUGAAGCUGGGCAGCGCAACCUACUGAAGUUUCUUCCACCGACACAGAUCUGCAUAGCAGAGUUCAAGAAUGGAAUUUAUCGGCUCUCCCUUAAGCGCAACACGCGCCCAUCCAAGAUCAACAUCUAAUGGCUUUCUUCCUGCCAUCAGCACCGUGGGUUCACGCAAUAAGAACCAUUUGCCUUCGUACCCAUUGUCUCAGAGCUGCAAGCUCCCUCGGGUACCCAGUGCCUACUACAAACCAGCCACUAUCGAGCCCACUUUGGCUCCCUACUCCAAGACUCCCCAGGAGUCAACCAGCAGCAAGGGGGUUCCAUUGAUUUCCAGCAGAACAACCCUCUUCCCCCGCUACACCACUGACGACUGGCACAAGUCCAAUCAGACCAACUACAAAGAGUCAAAGGCUUGCCGGCAGUCAGCCGAGCUUCUGAGGCUUGAUACCUCCCGCCUCAUUCAGGAUAAAAACUGGCAGACAAAGAAAACACAGGAAGAAAGCUCUAAAACCCUUCAAGUGCGCAUCAAUGAGAUGAAAUUUUGGAAAACAGAGCUCUACCGUGAGCUGGAUGAGAUGGUCAAGGAGACCAACGCGCUCACGGGUGAGAUAAGAGAACUGGAGAGAGCCUUGGCCAAGACAGAGGCCCCUCUGCAGGUUGCGGAGCAGUGCUUGCUCCACCGUGACAAGAGGCUGGGCAUCGACCUAGUCCAUGAUGACGUGGAGAAACAGCUUCUCACGGAAGUCCAUGUCAUCAGGUCGUGCCAGGAAAGGAUGCGGCAGUGCCUGGAUAUGGCAAAUGACCAGCUCAGGUCUAACAGGAUGGCCCAGCAUGAGCUGGAGAAGGACCUGGCUGACAAGCAGGUGGCCCACCGCAUCGAUGAAAGGUGCCACCAGCUGAGGAACACCUCUGAAGGCAUCAACUUCUACCGAGGGGUGGAGCGAAUUGAUGCCACGAUCUCCUUGCCAGAGUCAUGGGUCAAGUUCACAGAUGGCAACAUCCUCCGCUCCCAGAAGGAACGGGCAGCCUCUGCCAAGAUGCGGAAUAACAUCAGAGAUCUGCUGGCGGUGACGGCCAACGAGAUGAUGUGCCAGUUCAAUGAGGUGAACGUCGCCUUCAGCAACCGCAUCGCUGAGACAGCCGAUGCCAAGGACAGGAUUCAGACCCAUCUGAGCAAGACACUGCAGGAAAUAUUCCAGAUGAAGAUGUACAUCGAAGCCAUUCGAAAAUGUAUUAGAGACAAAAUGGCUCCCUUUAAAGUGGCUCAGACCCGUCUGGAUAAGCGCACAUGGAGACCAAACGUAGAGCUGUGCCGGGACAACGCCCAGCUGCGCCUUGUCAAAGAAGUCUAUGAAAUCGAUGAGACGGUCCAUACCCUUCAGCAUCGGCUGAGAGAUGCUGAGGACACGCUGCAGAAGCUGGCUCAUCUCAAGUCGACCCUGGAGCACGACUUGGCUGCCAAAGCCAACACACUCUUCAUUGACCAGGAGAAGUGCAUGGGGAUGCGCAAAACCUUUCCCCAAACUGUCCGCAAGAUUGGUUACGUUUAGACUGGGCUUAGCUGAGCUCCCAGUAUCUGUUGUGGGAGGCGUUCCUAGUUUCGCUAAGAUUCUUCAAAUUCUACUGUUAGACUCUCUUAUUAAAAGCUGCAAU